CCUGUGUUUCCUCAGGAAAGCAGAAGCCUGGAAGAGAGACCGGAUGGCCCUGAACCCGGAGGUGAUGUCCCCAGAGUCCAUCAGGAACUUCGUGCCCCUGCUAGAAGCAGUGGCCCAGGACUUCAUCAACCUCAUACACAGGCGCAUCCGGCAGCAGGGUUCUGGAAAGUUCUCAGGGGAUAUCAGCGAUGACCUGUUCCGCUUUGCCUUCGAGUCCAUCACCAAUGUCAUUUUUGGGGAGCGCCAGGGGAUGCUGGAGGAGGUAGUGGACCCCAAGGCCCAGCAAUUCAUCGACGCCGUCUACAAGAUGUUUCACAGCAGCGUGCCCAUGCUCAACCUGCCUCCCACCCUGUUCCGCGUGCUCCGGACCAAGGCCUGGAGGGACCAUGUGGCCUCAUGGGAUGUGAUUUUCGAUAGAGCUGAAAAGUACACCCAGAACUUCUACUGGGACCUGAGACAGAAGAGAGAUGUUGGCGCCAACUACCCGGGCAUCCUGUACAGGCUCCUGGGAAGUGACAAGCUGCCUUUUGAGGACAUCAAGGCCAACAUCACCGAAAUGCUGGCAGGAGGUGUGGACACGACGUCCGUGACCCUGCAGUGGCACUUGUACGAGAUGGGGCGCAACCUGAGGGUACAGGAGAUGCUGCGUGCAGAGGUUCUGGCGGCCCGGCGCCAGGCCCAGGGGAACCUGACCGACAUGCUGCAGCUGGUCCCGCUCCUCAGAGCCAGCAUCAAGGAGACGCUGAGGCUCCACCCUAUCUCCGUGACCCUGCAGAGAUACCUCGUUAACGACUUGGUUCUUCGCAAUUACGUGAUUCCUGCCAAGACAUUGGUACAGGUGUCCAACUAUGCCAUGGGCCGAGAGCCCAGCAUCUUCUUCAACCCGAGGAAUUUCGACCCCACUCGAUGGCUAAGCAAAGACAAGAACAGCAUCCACUUCCAGAGCCUGGGCUUCGGCUGGGGGCUGAGGCAGUGUCUGGGCCGGCGGAUCGUGGGCACCGCGUUCAGCCUCAUCCGGGUGCCCGACAAGCCCAUCUUCCUGACCUUCAAGCCCCUGGACCAAGAAGACCUUGCACCCCAGGCAUGAUCCGGGUGGCUGGCACUGCCCCCUCCUGCCGGCCAGGCAGUGUGGGGGGGUGGCAGUGGGUGGAGCCUAUGGGCUCUUAGGUCAGUCCUGUCCUUCCCCCUCCUCUCCUGUUCUCCUCUCCACCUCUGCCAGCCCCAUGAUGGAAAUAAACGCUGAACUGUCC